UGCAGCAAAAUGUUGCUUCUAGUUCCCUUCAGUGUUUGUGUGCGGAAUUAGCCGCUACUUAGCCGUGUGUGCGCGCAGAGGCAGCGGGCUCCGAGCCGCCACACCGCCGCGUCAGGUGAAUGCGCCUGCAGUGAUCCAGAUCGCCCCUAUGGAUCGCGUCCAUGGAUGUCUCCAAACCCGCUUUGGACAGUAGUUCGAGUCCCAAGGCGUGCGUUUCUUCGUCCGAAGUGGGAGAGACUGAUGUUUUUCGCUGGCCGACGCCGGAGGAAGGCACCAGCACCAGCGCCGCUCCGAUUGCCGGACCCUCCGCGCCGGGCUUCUGGACGGCCGUGUUCGACUAUGAAGCGUCUGCGGACGACGAGCUCAGCCUGCGGAGGGGGGACCUCGUGGAAGUCCUGUCCAAGGAUUCCCUGGUGUCGGGAGAUGAAGGCUGGUGGACUGGUAUGAUAGCAGACCGGGUUGGCAUUUUCCCGUCUAAUUAUGUGAGCAAAGGAAACGGCAUUCCGGAGGAGAUUCGGGACACCUCGGCGCAGCAGUACUCAGUGCCUCCUCUGCACCUCCUGGAGAUUGAUUUCUCAGAGCUGACUCUAGAGGAAAUCAUCGGGGUGGGUGGUUUUGGAAAAGUCUACCGUGCGGUGUGGCGGGGCUCGGAGGUGGCGGUUAAGGCAGCACGACGGGACUCUGAUGAGGAUGCGGAGCAGACUCUGGAGAGUGUUCGUCAGGAGGCCAAGCUCUUUGCCAUGCUCGACCAUCCCAACAUCAUGGCUCUGCUGGGGGUGUGUCUGCAGGAGCCCAACCUGUGCCUGGUGAUGGAGUACGCUCAGGGUGGCUCCCUCAACCGGGCCCUUGCAGGGAAACGGAUCCCGCCCUGUACGCUGGUGGACUGGGCCGUGCAGAUUGCCCGGGGUAUGCUCUACCUCCACAGCCAGGCCAUCGUCCCCAUAAUUCACCGCGACCUCAAGUCCAGCAACAUCCUAAUCCUGGAGAGGGUUGAGAUGGAAGACCUCAGCAACAAGACUCUGAAGAUCACAGACUUUGGCCUAGCUCGAGAGUGGCACCGCACCACCAAGAUGAGCGCCGCUGGCACCUAUGCCUGGAUGGCUCCCGAAGUCAUCCGCUCGUCUACUUUCUCCAAGGGUAGCGACAUUUGGAGUUAUGGCGUGCUGUUGUGGGAGCUGCUGACUGGAGAAGUUCCAUUUCGGGGUAUCGAUACUCUCGCAGUGGCUUAUGGAGUGGCAAUGAACAAACUGGCUUUGCCCAUUCCUUCGACUUGCCCUGAGUCCUUUGCACAUCUUAUGGAGGAAUGCUGGAGCCCAAACCCUCACUCUCGGCCACAGUUCACAACUGUUCUGCACCAACUGACGGCCAUCGAGGAGUCGGGGUUUUUUGAGAUGCCAGCCGACUCCUUCUGCUCUCUGCAGGAUGACUGGAAAUUGGAGAUCCAGGAAAUGUUUGAUCAACUGAGGACCAAGGAGAAGGAGCUGCGAUCGUGGGAGGAAGAGUUGACCCAAGCAGCACUGCAGCAGAAGUGUCAGGAGGAGGCGUUGAGGAGGCGCGAGCAGGAACUAGCUGAACGGGAGAUCCACAUCCUGGAGCGAGAGCUCAACAUCAUCAUUCAGCAGCUCUACCAGGACAAGCCUCAUGUGGAGAGCAGGCAGGGCAAGUUCCGCCGCAACCGCCUUAAACUCAAGGAUGGGAACAGGAUCAGUCUGCCUUCAGAUUUUCAGCACAAAAUCACAGUGCAAGCGUCUCCCUCGCAGGAUCGACGGAGGAGUUUGCUCAGCAGCGGUUCCACUCCUCCCACCAGUCCACCGAUGCUGCCACGCCUGAGAGCCAUCCAACUGACUCCACGGGAGGGCUGUACGGCCUGGGGUCAUAGCACAUGUUUUCAACCAGAUGACGAGGAGACAGAGAGGAAGGGCUCCAGGAUGAAAGGCAGAUCCCGUGGGUGUGGCCCCUACAGGGAGCACAGCGCUGAUGCCAGUGUGAAACCUCCCCAUGAGGGCAGCAGGCAGCGAUCCUGCAGUGCCCCGAACCUUCGCAGAUCACCGAGACACAGCCCGGCGGUGCCUGGAGUGCCGAGCCUCGUGGAGAUGGAGAAUGAAGACUGCGGCUUCACGACUGAGCCAGGAGCAGCUCCUGGUCAGUCCUACCUCUGCAUUCCCUUCCAUAAGGAGGGUCACUCAGCUGCUGCUGACAGUAAUGGAGAUGAGUACUGCCCCAGCAGCCAGGUGCCAGGAACACCACCAUGCAGAAAGAGCCCAGCUGGGGGUCGGCGGUCUGAGCUGGUCCUCCUGGGCUGUGGAGCUCUGCUGGCAGCUGUCGGGCUAGGCUGCAAUCUGCUAACUCUGGCCCAGCCAGAGGAGAGCAUCAAACCACGAUGGGAGGGUUUCUUCCACAAAGCAGGGGGCCAGAGGUGGAGCACCAGCCCCCAGACUCGAAAACUGUUCAGAUGGGAAAGUCCUCUGAAGCCCACAGCGCCCUCGUUACCUGAGCAAGGCUUACCCUGCUCUUACACGUUGCUGUCCCUAUCAUCAGUGUCAGACUGCAACUCUACCCGCUCACUGCUACGCUCUGACAGUGAAGAGCUGUUGGUCUGCCAUCACGCCUCACCGCCCACACAGCCCUCUGUCCAACCACAGCGCCAGGCUAUCCAAACCACAGUCAACCCGCUGGUCAACACCCACCUCGAGAGCUUCAAGUGUAACCCCCGCCAGUCUCUCACACCCACACAUGUACCCUCCACUCUGAAUUCCUCACGCAGCCUGCGCCGAACGCCGUCAGAUGGCGCUAUCAAGAAGAGCUGCCCUCCUAAUAACCUGGAACCGCUGCCAGAAAAAACGAUGUUGGAGAGCACAGGUGGUUUCAGGGGUUUAAAAGAAGACUGUCCUGAGGUCCCCCGGCUCCCUGAUCCAAAUGUUGUUUUCCCUCCCACACCGCGUCGCCGUUGUGCCCCAGAACGCCCCAAAACCCUGGACUUUGUGGCUCGGCCUCGGCCUUCACCACGGGCACGCUGUGAUGUGUUUUGGCCAGAGAUGAGGCCCAGGGGAAACAGCCAAACCUUAGGUAAUGGCGAGUCCCCUGCCCACACAUCCAGCACAGAGACUCCACCCACUGUAGAGUUUGGGAGAGACCCGGCAGUGCUGCCCACUCCCAUGGAGGCCCCGACGCCUUACUCCCCCCACACAAACAAAACCCUGUUGGAUCAGCUGGAUGAGGGACAGUAUCGGGAUGGAACUGUCCCACUCUGUAGACCAGAGUUCAGCUUUCCCAAAGAGUCACCUUACCACCACAGACCUGGGUUCUGGUCCUGACUCGGCUCCAUGUGCAUACAGCCUGGCUCUUCACUAGUCCUACACAAGGAGGAGACUGUCCCUGCUCUUACAAGUCUCGGUCAGUUAGUACUCUCAGACUGAAUCUGUUUGUAGCUUUAAUCUUUCUCCGUCUACAGUAUUGUCACUAAAUUACAGGAAGACAUUUACUGUGAAUAUUUUGGCUUUCUGACAUUUGUUGUAUUGUCACUUGUGGUAAAAAAAAAUCCUCCAGCCACCGAAACAAACACUGAAAAGUAUUUAACCCUUUGUCUUGAUUUCCUCUCACUUGCAUAAACCCUGUCAUUUAUCCUUCAACAUGUGAAGAAUGGCACUGAUAGUUUCAUAGAGCUUUACACACUUUUCUUAAUUUCAAACAUCAGUUGAAGAUUGUGCACUUGGGCAAAGCAUCAUGAAUGUAAGGUUUCAGUUUUUUUCUCCAUCGUCAUAAAAAUGCUGUCUCUGA